GGACGUCAGGUAGAGGAAGCGAAACUUAAGGUUCAGAUCAACCAAAGCACCCGACGUGGAAGCAGUUCUCUCGGUCAGGAGAAAAAUAAAACGCAUUUUGAAACACGCUGACGGACAGAAACAACAUCAAGGAAUGGCCUCUGCUAACCCCUCCUGGCCUGAAGAGAACUUUUCAUGUUCCAUCUGUCUGGAUGUGUUCAGCAGCCCAGUUUCCACACCAUGUGGACACAACUUCUGCAGAACCUGUAUUACCAAGUUCUGGGAUGAACAAGUCAGGUACAAAUGUCCCGUUUGCAAUGAGCUUUUCAACACAAGACCUGAUUUACGGGUCAAUAUCCUAAUUUCAGAGAUGGUUGAUCGGUUUGGAACGUUGGUACGAGUAAAAGAGCAGCCUUGUGUUGAACCAGCAGAAGUUCCCUGUGACGUCUGUACUGGGACCCAGCUGAAGGCCGUGAAGUCCUGCCUAAUGUGUCUUACCUCUUACUGCCAAACCCACCUGGAGCCACAUCAGAGAGUCGCAGGCCUGAAGAAACAUUGGCUGGUCAAGCCUAUGGACCGUCUGGACGACAGGAUGUGUAAGAAACACGACCGACUUCUGGAGCUCUUCUGCCAGACUGAACAGGUCUGUGUGUGUCUGUUGUGCACAGAGACGGACCACAAGUCCCAUCCUGUUAUACCUCUACAGGAGGAAUAUGAUGUGAAGACGGCCCAGCUGGGGAAGAUAGAGGCUGAAGUUAAGCAGUUGAUCCUGGCGAGACAAAAGAAUAUUCAGGAGAUUAAAGACACAGUUAAACGCAGCAAAGCAGACGCAGACAGAGAGAUAGCUGAUGGUGUGCAGGUCCUCACUGCUCUGAUGCGCCGCAUUGAAAAGUGCCAGGAUGAUCUCAACCAAAUGGUGAAAGAGAAACUGAAAUCCACAGAGAAACAAGCUGAAGACCUCAUCAAAGAGCUGGAGCAGGAAAUAGAAGAUCUGACCAAUAGAAGCUCAGAGGUGAAGCAGCUCUCACAGACUAAAGACCACCUCCACUUCCUCCAGGCCUUCAGAUCCCUGAAGGAUCCUCCACCCACCAGGGACUGGACCACGGUGGAGGUCCGUCCUCCAUCAUACGUAGGGACCUUGAGGAGAUCCCUGGAUCAGCUGGAGGAGACACUGAACAUGGAGAUGGAGAAGCUGCGUGAUGCUGAACUGAAGAGGGUCCAGCAGUAUGAAGUAGAUGUGACUCUGGAUCCUGAUACAGCUCAUCCCUGGUUUAUCCUGUCCGUGGAUGGGAAACGAGUACAUUAUGGAGGUGUACAGAUUAAGAAGAGACUCCCAGACAACCCUAAGAGAUUUACAAAGCGUCCAUGUGUACUCACGAGGCAGAGCUUCUCCUCAGGGAGAUUUUACUUUGAGGUCCAGGUUAAAGACAAGAUUUAUUGGUGGUUAGGAGUGGUCAGAGAGUCCGUCAACAGAAAAGUUCUGAACAGGUGGACCCCUGAGAACGGUUGCUGGACUCUUCUCUGCUACAAGGAUGUUUUGAUAUUUAAAGAUGAACCUUCUGUUGGUCUCCCUCGGAGAGCUGGGCUCCAGAAGGUGGGGGUGUUUGUUGAUUAUGAUGAGGGUCUGGUCUCCUUCUAUGAUGUGGAAGCCAGGGUUCAUCUCUACUCUGCUACUGGCUGCACCUUCAGUGAGCCUCUCUAUCCAAUCCUCUACCCAGGUCCCCGUGAUUAUGGAGGUAAAAACUCUGCCCCCCUCAUCAUCUCACCUGUCAAUCAAACAGACAGUAAACGAAACUUAAGGUUCAGAUCAACCAAAGCACCCGACGUGAAAGCAGUUCUCCCGGUCAGGAGAAAAAUAAAAUGCAUUUUGAAAUACGCUGACGGACUGAAACAACAUCAAGGAAUGGCCUCUGCUAACACUUCCUGGUCUGAAGAGAACUUUUCAUGUUCCAUCUGUCUGGAUGUGUUCAGCAGCCCAGUUUCCACACCAUGUGGACACAACUUCUGCAGAACCUGUAUUACUAAGUUCUGGGAUGAACAAGUCAAGUACAAAUGUCCCGUUUGCAACAAGCUUUUCAACACAAGACCUGAUUUACGGGUCAAUGUCCUCUUUUCAGAGAUGGUUGAUCGGUUUGGAACGUCCCUACGAGUAAAAGAGCAGCCUUGUGUUGAACCAGCAGAAGUUCCCUGUGACGUCUGUAAUGGGACCCAGCUGAAGGCCGUGAAGUCCUGCCUAAUGUGUCUUACCUCUUACUGCCAAACCCACCUGGAGCCACACCAUAGAGUCGCAGGCCUGAAGAAACAUCGGCUGGUCGAGCCUAUGGACCGUCUGGACGACAGGAUGUGUAAGAAACACGACCGACUUCUGGAGCUCUUCUGCAAGACUGAACAGGUGUGUGUGUGUCUGUUGUGCACAGAGACGGACCACAAGUCACAUCCUGUUAUACCUCUGAAGGAGGAAUAUGAAGAGAAGACGGCCCAGCUGGGGAAGAUAGAGGCUGAAGUUAAGCAGUUGAUCCAGGAGAGACAAAAAAAUAUUCAGGAGAUUAAAGACACAGUUAAACGCAGCAAAGCAGACGCAGACAGAGAGAUAGCUGAUGGUGUGCAGGUCCUCACUGCUCUGAUGCGCCGCAUUGAAAAGUGCCAGGAUGAUCUCAACCAAAUGGUUAAAGAGAAACUGAAAUCCACAGAGAAACAAGCUGAAGACCUCAUAAAAGGGCUGGAGCAGGAAAUAAAAGAUCUGACCAAUAGAAGCUCAGAGGUGAAGCAGCUCUCACACACUAAAGACCACCUCCACUUCCUCCAGGCCUUCAGAUCCCUGAAGGAUCCUCCACCCACCAGGGACUGGACCACGGUGGAGGUCCGUCCUCCGUCAUACGCAGGGACCUUGAGGAGAUCCCUGGAUCAGCUGGAGGGGACACUGAACAUGGAGAUGAAGAAGCUGCUUGAUGCUGAACUGAAGAGGGUCCAGCAGUAUGAAGUAGAUGUGACUCUGGAUCCUGAUACAGCUCAUCCCUGGCUUACCCUGUCUGUGGAUGGGAAACUAGUACAUUAUGGAGGUGUAAAGAUGAAGAAGAGACUCCGAGACAACCCUAAGAGAUUUACACAAUUGACAUGUGUUCUCACGAGGCAGAGCUUCUCCUCAGGGAGAUUUUACUUUGAGGUCCAGGUUAAAGACAAGACUAUAUGGUUUGUAGGAGUGGCCAGAGAGUCCAUCGCCAGAAAAGGUCAGAUACCGUUGAUCCCUGAGAACGGUUACUGGACUCUUUUCUACUACAAGGAUUGGUUGAUAUUUAGAGAUAACCCUUCUGUCCCUCUCCCUCUGCGAGCUGAGCUCCAGAAGGUGGGGGUGUUUGUUGAUUAUGAUGAGGGUCUGGUCUCCUUCUAUGAUGUGGAGGCCAGGGUUCAUCUCUACUCUGCUACUGGCUGCACCUUCAGUGAGCCUCUCUGUCCACUCCUCAACCCAGGUCCCCUUGAACAUAAAGGUGACAACACUGCCCCCCUGAUCCUCUCACCUGUCAAUCAAACAGACUAG